UUAAACUCUGAGUCUGUCAUCGCGUGUCCAGAACGUUGGAUGAAUAUUUGUGUUGUCGGAAUAUCGCACUGGUAAAAAAAAAGAGAAAAAAAAAAAGAAAAAAAAUUAAGAUCGCAAAAAGUCACGUAGCCCUUUUAUGGCAUAAACUAAUUUACGUUAAAAAUUUAUGAAAGUGUGAAGUUUUUAUCUAGCCGGUACAUAGUUCAAAAUUAAUUUACAUAAAAUUAUAGAUAAAAUGUGUUAUAAAAGUCUUAAGUUGUUCAUAAUUUUAAUAUUUUGCAUUGAUAAAAGUAGUGUUAUGUCAUUAUGGGAUUUUGCAGCUACAGCUGAAAAUAAAAUAAUUUUCUUUGAUAAGGAUUGGAAUGAAGUAUCUUCAGCUGCCCAUCAGUUUACUAAAUUAUCGGGACUAGCAUUUGAUGAAAUUGAGGAAAAAUUAUACUUUAGUGAUCAAAAUCAUAAUAAUGGAAGCAUAUUUUCGCUAAAAUUACCUAAUAAUAUUAACGGUAUAAGUAGCAAUAGCGCCCAAUUAAGUGGAAUCAUAAAUGGUGAAACUAAAAUUGAAAUAAUAGAAAAAAUUGUAGCAAGAAUUAAAAAUGAAACAAUUGGUGGUAUAACAUACGAUCCUUAUGAUAGAUAUUUAUAUUGGACUGAUAAAAGUAAUAAAAAAAUUUAUCGAUUAUAUACAAGUUCCUUAGCUGAAAAUCGGUCUAUUGGACCAGAAAUAUAUUUAAACUUAAGUAAUGACUCCAUACCAGAAGGCAUUACAAUAGAUAUAUGUAACCGUAUGUUAUAUUGGUCUAACAGCAACAUAAGAAAUCCGUCCAUACAGAGAAUUGCAUUAAACAGCAACUAUCGAAACAGUGAAAUUUUGAUAAAUAAAAAUUUAUUUCAACCUCGUGGUAUCGUGACCGACCAAUAUUCAAAACGAAUUUUUUGGGUUGUUAAUUUACCGGGUAUACACUAUGCUGUAGAAAGUUCGAAUUUGGAUGGUACUGACCGUAAAACAGUUUAUGAAGGAUUACAUAGUGAACCAUAUGACUUAACUGUUACAAAAAGUCAUAUUUUUUGGACAGACUUAAUUAAUGAAGCAGUGUGGAACAUAUCAAAAACUGCUGGAAACGAUACUGAACCAGGAAAGAGUUACUCUUUUAAGGACAGACCCAGAGGAAUAAUAUCAAGGUCUGGAUUUUUAACGAAAUUAACCAAUGUACCAGAAUGCAAAGAAAUUAUAUUAACUAUUAAGAAUAGAUUGAAAGAACAUAUAAACAUGUCAUCACCUACUUUAUUGAAUAGUACAACAGCAAUAAAAUCAAUAAAUCUAGCUAAACCUCAUGUAUAUUGCUUAAAUAAAGGUGAAUAUAAUCCUUUAAGUGAUGCUUGUAUAUGUAAAGUUGGAUUUUCUGGAUUACGAUGUGAAAUUGAUGAUUGUACAAAUUAUUGUGUACAUGGUACAUGUGAAAUAUCCUCGAUGGGUUUUCCUGAAUGUGUAUGCAAUGAAGGUUUUUAUGGUAUACGAUGUGAGGCAUACAAAUGUUCUGACUAUUGCUUAAAUGAUGGUUUUUGUGAAAUUAAUGAAAAUAAACCAUCAUGCGAAUGCAAUGAACAAUUUACUGGUGAAAGGUGCGAACAAAAUUUAACCGAAACAUGUACAUUAUUUUGCUCAUUAUUAAAAUAUAAUCCAAACUAUGAAAUACCCUUUAAAUGUCAUGAUAUUUGUUAUACAAUGAAUGAAUUAAAUAAUACUGAAACACACUUAAAUGAAAUUUAUAAAAAUUUAAAACGUAUAAAUAAACAUGAUUUUAUACAGAAUCAACAGAAACAUCAAAUGGAAGAUCAUGACAUUAGUAAAUUAACACAUUUAUGUAGUUAUAAUACAUAUAUUAUAGCAAUAAUAUGCUUAAGUAUAUUAUUAGCACUUACAAUAGUUUUAUUAAUUAUAUUUGCAAUACGUAAAACCUUUAAGCCGCCAAGACCAAAAAUUCGUAAAACGUUUGUUGUACAAAAACGUGUCGAUAAUAGUAGUAAUAAUUGUAAAAAUUUAAAUUGUACUAAUGGAAAUACACCAUUAACAAGUAGACCUUUAUCAGCUGUAGAAAAAUGUGAAAUAACUAUUGAAGAUUGUUGUAAUAUGAAUAUAUGUGAUACACCAUGUUUUGAUCCAAAAGUUUUACAACAAUCAUUUGAUAAUUAUUCAAAAAAUGACGAUAAAAAAACUUUGGUUGAUAAUAUGGAAGAAGAUUUGUAUUAAAAACUUAGCUGCCGUGUGACAUGCCGGUCGUGUCAAUGCCUUUUUUUUUCUAAAAUAAGAAAAAAAAAAUUAUUAUUUUUGUGGUGUCUUUCAUAAUGCAAAGACUUAUAAAAUUAGGUAAAUUGAUAGAUAAUUAAAAAUAGUACAAUUUCAUUUUUUUUGUUUAUCAGCAUAAGAUAAUUUUAAAACUUUUGAAAUAUAUUAAUGCAUAUUUCAUAAAUUCUUCAAAUUCGAAAUAAAAUUUUUAAAGAAAACAAUUAAAUCCUGCAAACGAUGACAAAAAAAUCAGUUUACUUCUUUACAAUAAUUUAUUAAGCUGUUUUAAAUUGUUAAGCAAUAAUUAAUUGUUGAAACAUUUUUCCUUUCAUUCUCAAAUUGUAGUGAAAUAAUUCACAGAGUGCUAUCCAAAUUCAAGGUUUAUUUAAAAAAUUAUAUUUACAUACAUAUUUCUUUAUUUAUCUUAUGCCAAAUUUUAAUUGAAAAUUUUUUUAAAUUAUUUUAUAAAUUGGUUUUAUUUAAAAAAAACAAGGAGCUAUUUUAUUGUCUUUGUUAUUACUCGUUUUCCUACAGUUGAAAAAUUUCUAAAAAAAAUUAUGUAUCUUUUAUUUAUGACAAUUACAACUUAGUUUUCGAAUCAUAUUUAAAAUAAUUCAAAUGUGAGUAUUUUGUCAUUAUCAUAACU